CACCAUCUAAUAAGGGGAAAGGGUGUCUCGUCUGGCAGUGAAGCAUCCUUAAUUGGAUGAGCAGUUCUGCUUGAUCCCCCAUGAUCGCAAAAUGACAGAGACGGUCGAGAAUGCACCACAGCCAGAGAAACAACAAGCCGGAGUAGAUACGAAAGAAGAGGGCGCUGUUGUUGCCACAGCGCCCGGAGAGGGGGAGUCGGCUGGGGCUACAAGGGACCCAUUAGCCGCAGUCGAAGUGGCAAAGACUGAACGAGUCAUUGAAGAUGGUACAGCCAGCAACGAUGGAGCGAGCGAGGAUGAAGUAGAGGGACUGGUGGAGGAUGGAGAUAAGCUCUCCGAGGAGGUCGAAAGCGCUCUGGAGACUGUCGAUCAUGCCCCGCAGGCCGACAACGCCCAACCAACCACGGAGAUGCAAACGGAUCGACCCGCAGACAGUACCGAGGACGAUAAGCGGGAUGAGACAGACCCAUCUUCCGAGAUCCCGACGACUGUCGCUCAGCAACAUCCCCAGUCCCCAUAGGUAACACAUCAUCUCGCUUAUUGUCAACCAAACUCAAUACCAUUCCCUCUUCCAAAUCCUCGACAUCCCCUGGACCUUCUACACCUGGAUCGAUAGGGUCCAGCGC